UUUCAGAUUGGGUGCUCAGUGAGCCCGUCUCACUUGGCUUAUCAACUAUGUUUUCGCUGCCAUGUGAGGGGCCUUUUGGUUGUUUUGAUUAUCAUGGAGCAAAACUGUUGUGCAUUGACGAAGCGAAGAAUUUGGUAAGAGCGACACAAAGUAUUUGCAGAUGCUAAAAAACGAGUUACUUCUAAAAAUAAUUUAAAAAAAAUUUAGUUCCUGAAUUACAGGUUUUGAUCUCACAAACAGAUGGCACCGAUGUGGAAAAAUAUACAUUACCGAGCAGUUUGAGUAAAGAUUCCUACGUAUGGGUCAAGACGUGUUUCAUUAAUGGGCGUUUCCUUCUUGGCCUACUCAAAUCUCACGAGGACAAUUCAUUUCACUUGAUGACAAUCAGCCUCAAUCACGAUCAAACAUGCACUGUUAUUAAGCAUGUACCGACCAAAAUAAUCAGUCAUGGAUUACGAGUUGAAGCCCACCGUAGUAUGAGCCAAAUUGUGUUCAGCAUUUGUAACACGAAAGUUUUGGUUAAGAGACCAAUUUUGAGAGCUAGCGAUAGACAAAGUUUUAUGAGGCAAUUGCGGCAAGAAGCCGAGAAAACAAACGGGAUAAAUGGAGACGUGGAAAAAAUUGUUGAGGAAGUGAUUGUUGAAGAGAAGAUUCAAGAAAUAACAACAACAACAGUGCCACUUGAUGAUGAGAAGAAAAUGAUUGAGAGUGUUUUACUACUGGUUAAAGUUGAGAUGGACGGGGAUAUUAUUCCGACAAUAUUGUCGACGGGAAGAAGAAGAUAUGGGAUUAAAAUUCAUAGAACAAGAAGUAUUCGCGAGUUCAGAAGAACUAUUAGCACAAAAUUCAUGACAAGGUACGUUCUUUGGUAAUUCUAGUUGUACGAUCCGUGACUGGUACUUUGUAAUUGUUGAUACCUAAAAUAUACAACUAAAAAAGAUGAUCUCAAAUAUGACAAAAUUACCUUUUUUGCAAUGUUUUACUUAAUUAAAAAAUAUACCACGUCUUAAAUCGUUUGGGGAGGAAUUGUUUGAAACCGCACAUAAUUUUUGAAAUCGGCAAAAAAAUAUUUGUUUAUUCUUCAGUUGUUCGUAUUUAAAAACUGUAGAAGUUUAAAUUUGCAGCAGUUCCUGAAAUAAUUGAAAAGGUUCACAAUUUAGAACAUUUGGCAAUUUAAACCAAACUUUGAGUGUAGUUUUUAAAACAUCUAUAUUUUUGGUGUGUUCAAUUAGAUCAAUUAGAUUAAAUAGAUACGGUCAUUGAAAAUUUUAAUAAAUGCAUUUGAAUUUGAUGGACACUGAACAAUCAUCAGUAAACUAAUAAAUUAUUUCAGAUGGAAAUGCGUCGUACCGAUUCAAAACUCAUGUGAGCCAUUUCUCUGGGGUAAUAACGCUUGUAUCAUAUCCCGUGACAACCCAACAUGUUUCUACCUUGCACACACUAUUCUCAAUCCAAAAAGUGGCUUUAUCGCAUCUCUCCUACACAAAUUGAGCCAUCGGUUUAGAGCACACACUCCUGUGACAGAACCAAUUCAAAGUUCAAUACGAGGUCAAGGUCCACCGCCGGAUUUGAUAUGGAGCAACAUUGACAUUCUCUCCGGGAUGCCAACAUUUCUCACAAUGAGUGUGCAAACAUUGAAAAUGGUCAAAUGGCAAGUAUUCAGAGAUGUUUACGGUCACUUCAACUGGAGAAAAACUGAAUUAGACAUUGAGGGGCCAGAAGGAACUUGCCGUAUUCUCUUCAAAUGCAACUCCGAAAACAAUAAUUCUUCCGACUUUACAAUAAGAUUUCAACUCCAAAAGUCCGAUGGAAAAUCACACUUCUAUCAUUUUUCAAUCCCGCGGAUUGUUGUGCAAAUCUCUUCAUAAAAUAUAGUU